AGAUCUCGGGCAACACGGACGACAUCCCGCUGGUGCGCUGGCGGCAGCAGUGGCUGGAGAACGGCACCUUGCUCUUCCACAUCCACCACCAAGAUGGGGCUCCCAACCUCCCUGGCUUCGACCCCACGGACGAGCCCCAGACCGAGUCAGCGGAGGAGGAGCUGAGGAUCCUCCACAUCUCUGUCAUGGGAGGGAUGAUCGCCCUGCUGCUCUCCAUCCUCUGCCUGGUGAUGAUCCUCUACACCCGCCGGCGCUGGUGCAAGCGUCGGCGGGUGCCACAACCCCCAAAAAGAGCCCCAGCCGAGGCAGCCAACGACCAAAAAAGUGCCAGUGCCGAGGCAGCCAACGAGAUCCACUACAUCCCGUCAGUGCUGAUUGGGGGCCACGGGCGGGAGAGCCUGCGCAACGCCCGCGUGCAGGGUCACAACUCCAGCGGGACGCUCAGCAUCCGCGAGACCCCCAUCCUGGAUGGCUACGAGUACGACAUCACUGACCUGCGGCAUCACCUCCAGCGUGAGUGCAUGAACGGCGGCGAGGACUUCGCCAGCCAGGUCACCCGGACCCUGGACUCGCUGCAGGGCUGCAACGAGAAGGCCAGCAUGGACCUCACGCCAGGGAGCGAUAACGCCAAGCUGUCCCUGAUGAACAAGUACAAGGACAACAUCAUUGCCACCAGCCCAGUGGACUCGAACCACCAGCAAGCCACGCUGCUGUCCCACACCUCCAGCAGCCAGCGCAAGCGCAUCAACAACAAGGCACGAGCCGGCUCAGCGUUCCUCAAUCCCGAGGGGGACUCAGGGACAGAGGCGGACACUGAUCCCCAGCUGACCUUCUACACAGACCCCUCCCGGAGCCGGAGGCGCAGCCGAGUGGGCUCCCCCCGCAGCCCGGUGAACAAGACCACACUGACCCUCAUCAGCGUGACGAGUUGUGUCAUCAGCCUGGUGUGCUCUUCCCACAUGAGCUGCCCCCUCGUCGUCAAGAUCACCCUCCACGUCCCCGAGCACCUCAUCGCCGAUGGGAGCCGGUUCAUCCUGCUGGAGGGGAGCCAGUUGGAUGCCAGCGACUGGCUGAACCCGGCGCAGGUCGUCCUCUUCUCCCAGCAAAACUCCAGCGGGCCCUGGGCCCUGGACCUCUGCGCCCGGCGCCUCCUUGACCCCUGCGAGCACCAGUGUGACCCGGAGACUGGUGAGUGUCUCUGCUACGACGGUUACAUGAAGGACCCUGUGCAUAAGCAUCUCUGCAUCCGGAACGAGUGGGGAACAAACCAGGGGCCCUGGCCAUACACCAUCUUCCAGCGCGGCUUCGACUUGGUGCUGGGCGAGCAGCCAUCCGACAAGAUUUUUCGGUUCACUUACACCCUGGGGGAAGGCAUGUGGCUGCCGCUGAGCAAGAGCUUCGUCAUCCCACCGGCCGAGCUGGCCAUCAACCCCUCGGCCAAGUGCAAGACCGACAUGACGGUGAUGGAGGACGCGGUGGAGGUCAGGGAAGAGCUGAUGACCUCCUCCUCCUUCGACAGCCUGGAGGUCCUCCUUGACUCCUUCGGCCCCGUCCGUGACUGCUCCCGGGACAACGGCGGCUGCAGCAAGAACUUCCGCUGCAUCUCGGACCGCAAGCUGGACUCCACGGGCUGCGUGUGCCCGACAGGACUGAGCCCCAUGAAGGAUGGCACGGGCUGCUAUGACCGUCAUGUGGGUGUGGACUGCUCAGAUGGCUUCAACGGGGGCUGUGAGCAGCUGUGCCUCCAGCAGAUGGUCCCAUUGCCCGAGGAGCCCUUGCUCUACAAUAUCCUCAUGUUCUGCGGGUGCAUCGAGGACUACAAGCUGGGCACGGACGGGCGGUCAUGCCAGCUCAUCUCGGAGUCGUGCCCUGAGGCGGGGGACUGCGGCGAGCCACGCGAGCUGCCCAUGAACCAGACGCUCUUUGGGGAGAUCUUCUACGGCUACAACAACCACUCCAAGGAGGUGGCUGUGGGGCAGGUGCUCAAAGGGACCUUCAGGCAGAACAACUUUGCCCGGGGCCUGGAGCAGCAGCUGCCGGAUGGGCUGGUGGUGGCCACGGUGCCCCUGGAGAACCAGUGCCAGGAGGAGCUCUCCGAACCCACGCCUGACCCUGAGUUCCUCACCGGGAUGGUGAACUUCAGCGAGGUGUCCGGGUACCCACUCCUGCAGCACUGGAAGGUGCGGUCCAUCAUGUACCAUGUCCGGCUCAACCAGCUGACCAUCUCCCAGUCCUUCAGCAAUGCGCUCCACUCUCUGGACGGGGCCACCUCCCGCGGAGAUUUUGUGGCUCUGCUGGACCACUUUGGCAACCAUUACAUCCAAGAGGCCAUGUACGGCUUUGAGGAGACCUGCUCCAUCUGGUAUCCCAACCGGCAGGUCCAGCGGCAGCUCUGGCUGGAGUAUGAGGACAUCAGCAAAGGCAACUCUCCCUCGGACGAGUCAGAAGAGCAUGAGCGGGACCCCAAGGUGCUGACCUUCCCUGAGUACAUCGCCAGCCUCUCUGAGUCAGGCACCAAGCGCAUGGCAGCUGGCGUGCGGAUGGAGUGCCAGAGCCCCGAGCCCAUCCUGCUGGAGGUCACCAAAGCGGCCCCCAUCUAUGAGCUGGUCACCAACAACCAGACCCAGCGGCUCUUGCAGGAGGCCACCAUGAGCUCACUGUGGUGCUCCGGCAGCGGGGAUGUCAUCGAGGACUGGUGCCGCUGUGACUCAAGCGCCUUCGGGGCUGAUGGGCUGCCCACCUGCGCCCCUCUCCCACACCCCAUCCUGCGGCUCUCCACCAUUCACGAGCCCAGCAGCACACUGGUGGUGCUGGAGUGGGGGCACUCGGAACCCCCCAUUGGGGUGCAGAUUGUCGACUACCUCCUCCGACAAGAGAAAGUCACUGACAGGAUGGACCACUCCAAGGUGGAGACCGAGACGGUGCUGAGCUUCGUGGAUGACAUCCUCUCUGGAGCCAAGUCGCCCUGCGCCAUGCCAGCCCAAGUGCCCGACAAGCUCUCCUCCACCAUCUCCCUCAUCGUUCGCUGCCUGGAGCCCGACACCACUUACAUGUUCACGCUCUGGGGAGUCGAUAAUACAGGGAGACGCUCCAGGUCCAGCGAUGUGACGGUCAAGACCCCCUGCCCUGUGGUAGAUGAUGUGAAAGCUCAAGAAAUAGCAGACAAGAUCUACAACCUCUUCAACGGAUACACCAGCGGCAAGGAGCAGCAGACAGCCUACAACACUCUGCUGGACCUGGGUUCCCCCAGCCUGCACCGAGUCCUUUACCACUACAACCAGCACUACGAGAGCUUUGGGGAGUUCACUUGGCGCUGUGAAGAUGAGCUGGGGCCCAGGAAAGCUGGCCUCAUCCUCUCACAGCUGGGGGACCUCAGCAGCUGGUGCAACGGUCUCCUGCAAGAGCCCAAGAUAAGCCUCCAGCGCGCGUCCCUCAAGUACCUCGCCUGCCGCUACAGCGAGAUCAAGCCCUACGGGCUCGACUGGUCGGAGCUCAGCCGGGACCUCAAGAAGACGUGCGAGGAGCAGACGCUGAGCGUCCUGUACAAUGACUAUGGUGACAAGGACUACUGAGGCUUGCGGGCGCCCGCUCUCAUGCUGGCCUUCCCACGGGUGUUUGUGAGGGUUUUUUACACGGACCCACGGGGAGGGGAGGGUGCGCUGAUGUUUCUAGAGACAAAAAUUUGGACCAGGGAGCGAAACUGGCUGCUCUGUGC